AUGCCAGCCAAGAAGGGAAAGCGCGGAGCCAAGGGCAAGUCGACCGGACGCCCGAAGAAGGAGGUGGCCGCCGUGGCCAAGGCCACGAAGACCAUCGAGAAGAAGGAGAAGCCCGCCCCGGCUGCCGCCGGCAAGCGCGGACGCGGCCGACCCCCGAAGAAGGACGCCCCCAAGAAGUUAGUGACUAGCCAAUCCCGUAAGUCCGCCCCCGCCUCCAAGCCCGAGCCCACCCACGCCGAGGAGGACAGCGAGGACCAGGCCGAGCAGAGCGAGGAGCCCGCCUCAUCUGGUGGCGAAGACGGCGCCGUCGGCUCCGAUGGGGACGAGAAAUCCGAG